AUGCCUACGCUUCGCUUGCAGAGUACGUCCAGCUUGCCGGAAUUCUACCGUGCAGCCGUCCCCGCGCCGACUUUUGCCUGGCGCGCGUACCGAAGUUGCGCGUCUAUUUUGCAGGAUCUAUCGCGGUCGCAGUCAGACCCAUCCGACCGAACACUGCUCCACGGGAAUGCUGCGCGUUUGUACGUGUUCGCGGGACGUGGUCCUCUGUCAAGCCCACCGCCCUACGGCGUCGUAGUCGUAAAGGCGCACGCGCACGCAGAAGAAUCCACGCGAACUCUACAGAGGCGCGUACAGCGGAUCUUCUAA